AUGGUGGUGCUUAGAGAAUCUGGAGGUUGUCAACCCAUAUAUAAAGAUGCUGAUGAGGUUGUCACAUUUAAGUUUUUCCAUGGAGGUAAACUAGUGAAAAAUAGAAAGGACAGUCAGUGGUCUUAUUUAGGUGGUGAAGUCAGUUGGUUUGAUUACUGUGAGGUUGACUAUAUGUCCAUGUUAGAGUUAUUUGGAAUGGCUAAAGAUUUGGGAUAUGACGAUGGGUAUGAUGUGAGUUUUUAUGGUGAAGAGUUUGGAACUAGCAGACUCAUUCAAAUAAUAUCUGAUAGUACACUUUUAGCUUGUAUGAGCAUGGUACCUAAAAGCAAUAGCAGGGUUGUAGUUUUGUACUUGAAGGUAGUGAGCUUAACUUCAAGCCAAGUGGGGAAUGAUAGCAGUGAUAAAGAAUAUUCUUGUUCUGAGAAUGAUGAUAGCAGUGAUCCAGACUUUGAAGACAGUGACUAUGCACAGAGUGAUGAAGAGAUUGAAUUAUUGAAGAAUGAUGAUAAGUGGUUUGAAGGUUAUGUGGAUCAUAGUAUUUUUGACAAUGAUCCUAAUGCAGAGCAAAAUGAUGAGUCAGACAAUGGAGAAGAGUCACCUACACUUACCUGCCCAAAUAGUUCACAAAGUGAAGAUGAUGCAGUGGGUGAAGUAAGAAGGAAGAAGAAUAGGAUGCCAAAAGGUGAAGAUUUCAGACCUGAAAUUGAUAUGGGAAGCCCAAGUUUCAAAAUAGGUUUAAGGUUUGCAACUGCCGAGUUGUUUAGAAAAGCUGUGAGGAUAUACUCCAUUAAUUGUGGAAGGGAGUUGAUUUUUAUGCAUAAUGACCGUAACAAAAUAAGAGCAGUAUGUGAAGAGGGCUGUCCUUUUGUUAUCUAUGCUUCAAGUGUUAGUGGUAGCACUUACCUGCAGGUGAAAACCUUUAAUCCUACACAUGUUUGUAGCAAGGGGACUAAAAAUAUACAUGCUACUGCUGGCUGGUUGGCUGAAAGAUAUUCUGGGCAGUUAAGGCUCAAUCCAAAUUGGACUGCUUCUUCUUUUGUAGAGCAAGUUCACCAAGACUAUGGUUACAGACCAUCUAGAGCAACUGUGUACAGAGCAAGAGCCAUGGCAGUUGACAUUGUAGAGGGGUCUUACAGCAAACAAUAUGAAGUAUUGUGGGAAUAUUGUCAUGAGUUAAGAACCAGGAAUGUGGGAAGUACAGUUAUCAUUAAAUCUGAAAUGGAAGGUGAUAGGCCACGGUUUCAAAGAAUUUACAUCUGUCUUGCAGCCUGCAAGAAGGGGUUUUUAGAUGGUUGUAGGCCUGUGGUUUGCUUGGAUGGGUGUCAUGUCAAAGGGCCUCACCCUGGGCAAGUGCUUUCUGCAAUGGGAGUUGAUGCAAACAACGGAAUGUUUCCACUUGCCUAUGCAUAUGUAGAGAUUGAGAGCAAUUCAACAUGGCUGUGGUUUUUAGAAUUAUUGAGUGGUGAUCUCAAUAUUACGAAUAGCCAUGAUGCUGUGAAUGCUCUAUUCCCUCAGGCAGAGCAUAGACAUUGUUUGAAACAUCUAUAUGGGAACUUCUAUUUGGAACAUAGAGGUCUUGCCUUGAAACAUCAAAUGGAAGCAAUUGCUAGAGCCACAACAGUGCCAUGGUUUCAUGCAGAGAUGACAAAGAUGUUGCAGUUGUCUAAACCUGCACAUGAUUGGCUCAUGGAGAAAGAUCCUAGGCAUUGGAGUAGGGCAUAUUUCAAGAGUGAUUCCAAGUGUGACAUGCUUAUGAACAAUCUAUGUGAGGCAUUCAACCGUAGCAUACUGGAUGCCCGAGACAAGCCUAUUCUGACUAUGCUAGAAAGAAUUCGGUUGUAUAUAAUGUUGUUGAUGGCGGGAAGAAGGGUUCUCUGUGAGAAAUGGCAUGGACAAGUUGGGCCAAGAAUUAGAAAGAUAUUAGAGAAAAACAAAGCAAAAGCUCAGUGGUGCAUUCCUAAGGCUGCUGGACAAAAUCAGUUUGAAGUAAUGCACCAUAGUGGCCGCACCUUUGCUGUUGAUUUGAAUGGCCACUCUUGUUCAUGCCAUGCUUGGGAUUUGAAUGGAAUACCAUGUUUGCAUGCAUGUGCUGCAAUAAGUUGGUUUCAUGGGAAUCCAGAGGACUUUUGUGAUGCAGUGUACAAGAAAGAGGCUUAUUUGAGAGCCUAUCAACCAAUGAUUAUGCCUAUGACUAGCCAAGAUCAGUGGAUGAAGGUUAAUUUACCUCCAUUACUCCCUCCGAAAUACCACAAGCAGCCUGGUAGGCCUAAGAAGACAAGAAAACAAGCUGUUGAAGAACCUAAACUUCCUUCUAAUCCAUAUAAGCUUCCUAGGUAUGGUUUACCUUUAAAGUGUGCCAAUUGCGGUGGAGAAGGGCAUAAUCGAAGUAGUUGUAAGGAACCUAGAAAUCCCAACAUAAAGCCUACUAGGAAGAGGAACAUUGCCAAGGACAAACUUGCAGUAAGAAGGAGAGAUGGUGGAGACCAAAGUGGCGGACAACAGAGUAUGCAAUUAAGGCAAAGGAAACAGUCAAGCACUUCCCAAGGGCCUUCUCAAUCCCAGGCAUCUCAAGUAGCUGCUGCUUCUCUAUCCCAACCAUCUGAACCAGCUGAUGCUUUUCAAUCCCAGCCAUCUCAAAACACCUGA